UCUCUCUCUCUCUCUCAAGUCGAUCCUUUCCAAACCUUCGGUGGAAGUUCAUAGAAUCUGGAUAAAGCUUACUCAAUUCCCUCUUUUCUUCAUUCUGUUUACACGUUAUAAUUUCAGAAUCUACUCUACAGAUUAGAUUUGUAAACACUUUCUGUUUUUCAAUUUGUAGGUUCCUCAAGAACAAGAAGAAAGAUGGAACCAGACACCAUUGAUUGGAGGAACAUAGAAUCCAUAUAUGUCGAAGACGAAACUUACGAGAGCUUCAAAGCUCCUAAAUGGGCCGAUCUUUCAGCCCCAGAUGAGCUCAUUGACGAUGAAGCCUGGUUCUGUAAUCCUGAUUGCAAGCAUCCAAAGUCGGCCGAAAAUUUCAAAUCAGCACGUAAUCUCAAGGGGAAGCUCCUGAGGUCUCUAUCAGUUUCUGAAAAAAUCUUACCUUUUAGGGGAAAGAGUGGAAGAGAUACGAAGCUGAAAGGAAUUGAAAACAGGUCACCUUCAGCUGCAAAGCUACCUAAUAUGAAGACCAAAAGUUCAAGAUAUGCACGCAAUGCCAAUGAAGAAAGGGAUGAGAACAAGAAUCCUAAUGUCACUGCCUCACUUCCAAUCGGAUAUUGCAAAUCAAAGUCGACAAAGGCGUCAAUUAUGACUACUUGUAAUGAGAAGAAGAAGAAACAAGGGGAUCGGUCAUCUCAAGAUUUAUCAAAAUACUGUGUGAAACCGCAGCUGAACAGUACAUUCUCAGCAAGCAAUUUGCUCAGGGGACGGGAUAUUUUGAAUCAAAUCACCGGCUUCUGUACUGACAUGAAGAAUUUGGCCAAGAGGGGUUCAAGAAAUAAGACAUUAGAGAAUUGUGACAGGAAGGAGAAAAUAAGAGAGAGGAUGCCUCUAAUUGUUAGAAAAGGUGACUAUUGAAAUGCCAACUAGUCUGGAGUCUCUAACAUUUGGCAUUGUUUAUUCACAUUUGUCAAUCAGUAACGAAUUUUCUGAUGUUAGAUACUAUCAGGUUAUAACUACAUGAAUAAUUAAU